GAGAAGGUGGCUCGACGACCAGAAACUAAAAUUUGCAGAUCCGUGUUGUUGACAGAACAGUUAAUGAUUUUAUGGUACACUACGUCCGUAGACGUCUGGAUUUCUUGACGUCAAAAGAAGUCUGAGCGCAUCCAGCGCUGCGCACAAGCUCAGCAACCACAUCUCUCCCAGAGGAAAGCAGGACACCGCACAGCUACAGAUCGCCCUUUAGCUUUAGUGUGGCGAAUCCAAUCAUCGUUGUAGGAUGCCUCUUGGUGAGGAUGGAAACGGAUGGAAGAAGAAGACAUCAGACAUCAAAGAACAUUAUGACUUCAAAGAAGUGCUGGGAACGGGGGCUUUCUCUGAGGUGGUUCUCGCAGAGGAGAAGAGGACUCAGAGGCUAGUGGCCAUCAAGUGCAUCCCUAAGAAAGCUCUGGAAGGAAAAGAGAACAACAUUGAAAACGAGAUCGCUGUUCUGCACAGAAUCAAGCACCCAAACAUUGUUUCACUGGAGGACAUCUUUGAGAGUAUGUCUCAUCUAUAUCUUGUCAUGCAACUAGUUUCUGGUGGGGAACUUUUUGACCGGAUUGUGGAGAAAGGGUUCUACACGGAGAGGGAUGCCAGCCAGCUCAUCCACCAGAUCUUGGAUGCUGUAAAAUAUCUCCAUGAUAUGGGAAUCGUCCACAGAGAUUUGAAGCCAGAGAAUUUACUGUACUACAGUAUGGACGAGGACUCCAAGAUCAUGAUCAGCGACUUUGGUCUGUCGAAGAUCGAGGGAGCGGGCAGUGUCAUGUCCACGGCGUGUGGUACUCCAGGUUAUGUGGCCCCCGAAGUCCUCGCUCAGAAACCAUACAGUAAAGCUGUGGACUGUUGGUCCAUAGGAGUUAUUUCUUACAUUUUACUCUGCGGAUAUCCUCCGUUUUACGACGAAAAUGAUGCCAAGUUAUUUGAGCAGAUUCUGAAAGCAGAGUAUGAAUUCGACUCUCCAUACUGGGAUGACAUCUCAGAUUCAGCCAAAGACUUCAUUUGUCAUAUGAUGGAAAAGGACUCCAUGAAGAGGUAUACUUGUGAGCAGGCUCUCCAACAUCCUUGGAUAUGUGGUGACACAGCUCUGGACAAGAAUAUUCAUGAAUCUGUCAGUGCUCAAAUCAAGAAGAACUUUGCCAAAAGUAAAUGGAAGCAAGCAUUCAAUGCCACGGCGGUGGUGCGACACAUGCGGAGGCUGCAGCUGGGCACCAGUCUCGAGGGACCGAGUCAGAUUACUCCCACCAGUCCCUGCCAUGGACAUCUGCUCCCAGAGGAGGAGGUGGAGGAAGAGGAGGAUGAACUGGGGAACGAGGAGGAGGAGAGCUUGUCCCACUACGAGGAUGGUCGUCGUGGAAGUAACGAGGGAAGCACAGAUCGGGACAGCCUGAGAAGCUGCACCUACUGCUGCAGGCCAACCAGUCGCAUCUAAGCAAAGCCUCCUGGUGUCAUGAUGAUUAAGUGUCUUUGGAGCACCCAGAACCCGCCCACCCAGUCUGGCCAGUAAGGCAGAGUAGAUAUUAGUCAAUGUCCACCAGAGCACAUACCCAGACAACAGUUCUCCUCUACUUUCUUUUUUUUUUUUAAAGAACCAAAUACAUGUUAGUUUUUUUUAUUAUUAUUAUUAUUAUUUUUAAAUAGAUUAUUAAUUCAGUUCUUUAAGAAAAGUAUUUGCCCAAUUACAGAUUGUUUGUUGGGGGGCUUUGUUGUCAUUAUUUUUGCCACACUUCAGUGUUUUGCUGCAUCAUUAAGCAAAUUAUGCUGUCAAAGAUACCAGGGGAGAUACAAGAAGCAGUUCUAAAGUGAUGAUUUCAAUUAUUAAGGCAUGCUAACAAAAGCAAGGUUAAGUACAGGGAAAGGUUCAUCUCAGCCUUUGCCUGUAAUUGACCCCAUUGUUGUUCAAUUUUACAGCCACAUAAAGGACUAGUUACUGCCAGACCAUCAGAAUCAGGAAGGAGUGUGAAAUAGGUUAAAAGAUCUCAAAGGAAUUAAAUAACAAAUGAGAAAUAAAAUUGCAAAGUUUAAGUUUGUAAAGUGUCCAAAAGCUUUCUUAAGCUAUGGGACCUACAUUGUACCACAGUAAGAGUCAUUAUCCUCAAAUAGAAAAAAAAACAGCCAAAAUUGUCAUCUAGAAAGUCACUUCUGAUGUGUAAAGCACUGCACAGUUCACAUGCCUGAGUAAAAUGUCCUCCAUAAGAGAUCUAAAGAGAAUAUCACUGCUGAUUGGACCUAAAUCUGUCAGAAAUCCUGUGAAGCAGCAGUUAUCAGGCUGUUAAAAUGUUCAAACGCUACAAUGUGCCUGAAUUAAAUUUCUUCAAAGAAGAGUAAGAUAACAUUCCUCCACUGAGAUAUAAAAAGACACAUUGCAGGUUAACCCACAGCUUGUUGGCAGUCUUUGCCAAGGACUGUUAAAUUUAGCAACCAAAUACUUUUUUUUUUACAAAGGGAUACAUUGUUUGAAUAGAUUUUACCUUUAAUAAAUGAAAUUACCAUUUGAGAACUGCAUUUUGUAUCAACUCAUGGGAUCUGAAACAUUUAGUUGUGAAAACAAACCAGAAACUAAAAAAAAAUCUGUAAGACUGCUUUGAGAAUGCAGAGGUUAUUUCAGUUUAAAAAGGUCUAACUCAGCAGUCCAUCCUUAUAAUGAAAUUAUCUUUUUUGUGCAGCGAUAACAGAGCAUGUUUGUUUUUUUUUUACCAAUGGUUCAGAAUGUUAGCUUCACAGGGGAUUUCAAUCAAAGAGGAGUUCUGAAAGCUUUGUCCUUUAUCGUAAUUGUUAUCUCAUUAUGUGAAACAUCUACCUCUAAUCAUAAUUUCUGUGUCUGCAUCCAUCUGGCCCACACACUCUACAAUACUGGCAGCUUUCCUUGAGAAAUCUGGCCAGGCAGGUCACAGAGAAAAUACUAUUUAAAGAGAGCCGGUACUUAAAGAGAGUCCUGCAGGUCUUUCUACUCUUUAUUCGUUAAUGAAAUGCCAGCCACUAUCCAAGAAGUGACUCUAGUCAAGUAAGUGAACAUUGUUUCUCCCUCAAGUUAUGUUUUAAUGCCUAGUGAACAACUCAGUUUGUGUGGAACCUCUUCAAAACAAAAGCCCACUCAGGGAACAUUUUAGAUAAAGUAAACCAUUUCAAUUAAAUUGAAUGCAGUUCUGUUGCAAUGUGAUUUGAUCAGUGGUGCCGGAUUCAUUUUUGAGGUGUUGGGGGGUGGAGGAGAGGUGGAGGUAGGGGGGUGUUUUGUCACCUCUGUUAUGCUCUGUGAAUGUCAGGUUCGCUCAUUUGUUCAAUUGAUAUGAUGGCACCUGUCAAUCAAUUCAGUGGAUUUGUUGCAAUUUGUCCCGAAGUAAACAGUAAACAUCCCUUAGCUGGAGGAGAACGUUUUUGGGUCUACCAUGCGCUGCGGUCUGGCUAGAUUUGAUGAUUGUUUGCUAUUAAAUGCAGUGCAGUCAUAGUGAUUUGGUGGAAAAUAAUCAGAAAAAACAUGUUAAGUUGUCAGUGGAGAACAUGCAGAAGGCAGCUUUUCACAGAGCAUUUAGAUGGCGGAAUGGACUUUAUUCCAUUUUAAAAACUGGAGUCUGGAAAAAUAUAAAAGACGGAUAAAUGCCUGCAGCCGACCUAAGAACAGCUGAAUACAGAGAUCGACGAUAUUAAAACACCAUGUUUGUAUGAAGGUUUUGUCAUCAUUACAUCAUUGGUGUGAAUGCACCAGUAGCAGGUGAAACAGUUGUCCAACUGGGUGACCCGUCUGCUCUUCAGUUUAUCAUACCACACACACACACACAUACAUACACACACCCAUACACACACACACACGCCCACAGCUCAGAACCGCGCACACAGUAAAAAGCUCUGGCAGGAUCCAAACGACUGCUCUUAGAACUACGGGAGGAUUCAGACUCUGCUCAUUCAUUUUUAGCUUACAGAAGAAGAGCCAAAUUUACAAAAGUAAAUUGACCAAUAACAUUUAGGCUUUUCGUGCGCACCUUCAUGGACUCACACAGACUUGUUACGUACAACUAACUAUAAUACACUUUAGUUAAAAAAUAGACAGAUUAACUCCAGUUAAUUCCAGCUGAAUAUAGAUCAGCUCAAGUAAAUACUAACUCAAAUUUAUUUGAGAUUUUCACCCCCAAAUGUAACCCAAGUCAGUCCACUGUAACACAGUUCAACUUAAAAAUCCUACUAAUAAAACUAAUCUGGUUUAUCCCAGUUAUCACCCAACUGACUAAAAUUUACUAAAUAAUUUUAACUGAAUACAAUAUAUUUAAGUCCCAAUAUAAUCUGCCAUAUUCAAAUUCUGUCACAGUUCAGCCCAUUUUUACAUCUCAUCUACUCAAAUGUUUUCUAACUGAAUGAAAAUUUCAGUCAAGUGAAGCCCAAUUUAAUCUAAUUCUUUAUUGGAUACAGUUUAGAUCUAUCAAGUGUGUAGUGGGCAUUAAUGGCUGGAUAUUCUAUUCAUGAAUAAAUACAAAAUGCCAAGCUUAAAAUGUAAUUUUCCCCAACAAAUGCUGUUUUUAUGUGGAUGAGAAGUGAAAACACUGCAAAAAAAGUUCAGAUCAGAUGGAUAAUAACACAACAUUUAACAGUUAAUUUAACAGUAAACGUGUUUUGUGAUCAUAAAAGAGCUGCCUGUCUGAAAGCUGAGCGUUUAUUACUGCAAAAUUAAGUUUUUUGGGGUUUUUUAUUUUGUCUACUACUAUUUUUUUCUUUUUUCUCCUGACUAAUUACCACUUUGUGUACACAAUAUGGAGAUACCUGAAAGUAGCAAUUAAAACAUGAGGUUUUUGGACCCUAUAUUCUGGCUCAGACUGGGUUAGUAAUGGGUGGUGUUGACCUGAAGUGUCUGCAUGCUUCCUGUCGGGGAAAACCAUUGAAAUGUAUGAAUAUCCAAAAGGAGACAUUUUUGUUUGUUUGUUUUAUGGCUGUUUUGUUAUCAGAGGCUCAAACUGAGAUCCCCACUGUUUAUAUCCAUGAGCUCUUAUGCCAUGAGGAAUACAGAAACACCAUGCUUAUUUUCACCAUUUUGUUUUCAGCAAAAAAAAAAACAAAAAGAAAAAGACAAAAAGAAACAGUAAAAAAGAAAAUACAGUGAUAAAAAUACAGAAAUCCACAGGCUGUCAGUCUCCUGUCCUGGCCCAGACCCGGCUCAUGUUGAGUCGGGAGGAUCUCAGUCUGGGCGCUCUGCCUGCUCUGUGCUGUGCACCUCUAGUGGAAGAAGUUUUGGUCUACUGUUUGCAUGACCUGGUUUAAUAUGUUUACAUGAAUGAUGAUCAAUUAGUCUAAACACACAAUUUAAUAUUACUAUGUUGUAUUGAAAACUGAUGUAAUUUUUGAGCUAUAUAAUGUGAAGUGAUUAACACCUGAAGUAAUGUUGACAAAGUACAACACAGCACAGUGGACUUAUCAUUUGCAUUGACUCAAACAGUCAAGUCUCUUUCUGAGUGAUCUUUUUUCUGUACUAUGUUUAUUUAUGGCUUUGUUUUCCUGCUUGUUUUUUAGUUUUAUUUUAUUUUUCCUCAUCUUUGACCCUACUAAAGAAAAAAACACAUAUCAGCUAAUUAAAUUAAAAGACCUGAAUUAAAAAGACCUCUAAUCCUGAUAUUCUCCAUAUCAUUACAAGUAUAAAAGAAUGUAUCGCAUGAUAUGUUAGAUUCUGUUUCAAGAAAAAAAAAAGCUUUAGAAACUCAGUGAACUAACCCAUCAACUGAUCCUCCUUCGUUAAAGAAUUUUGUUUCAUAUGUAGCUGUUAAAUGUGGGUCCAUAGUACAAAAAAAAAAAAAAAAAAAAGGACAAAUCACUCUGGAUUUACAUGACUGUAAUUGUGGAAUAUAUGCAAACUGUGUUUGAAGGGCUUCAUGUUGAGUGUACUAUAGCCAAUGUUGAUAACUUUGAUAACCUGGCCAUUUUAUGUUUGGUAAAGACUUCCCGUUGGGAUUUAUCUCCACCUGGCUGUUUUUUUUUUUUUUUUUUAAAGCUUCUGUUACCCGUUACAAACACACUAAAAUGCAUAAAGAAACACAUGUAUAUUAUAUAUAUAUAAAUAUAUAUAUAUAAAAAAAUAUAAAUAUGAGUAUAUAUUGUAUAUCCUUUUUUGUAAAAGCUGUUUUGAGCUACAAAUGUAUGGAUGCAAUGCAUCAUGGGUUAUUGAAAAAGUUGUAUGAAAAUACGAUUUGUACCCACAAAGAAAUGACUGCAGGAAAUGAAA